AUGACUAAAAAAAAGGAAUAAGCAAAAGUUGGGAUCAUUCAGUGGGACCAUUUUGCUACUUCACUUUCCAUCUGUAUUUUUAGGCUGUUCUACACUACAAUUUCUGUGGCAUACUUUGUGCAUUACAUUAUGUUAUUACAUGUAUGAAAAAUGGUGUAAUGGUGGAAUAAUUAUCAAAAUAUUGAAUAUUGCUUAGUUUUAGUGGAGGCAUAUUCCAUGAAGUGAUGGGUUCAGACCAACUGUGUUAGCCUUUUUACUUAAAAUAACUGAUAGAUCAUAUGAAGUAAAUUUUUGCUUGAUGUUAUCAUCUUUUAAAUGUCAGGUUUCUCAAAAAUCACCAAACUUGACUAUGUUCAAAGGCUAUAUUAUGAAGCUGCGACUGAAUUGCACCAAACGUCCCAUGCUUAGCAGUAGUAAUAAGACAAGAACAGAAGACUCUUGUUUAAUUUUUAAAGUGAAAGGAGAGGUCCAAUUCCCACUAGCUUGCCCAAGUACCACAGGCACACCAACCACGCAAUUAACCACCACAGGAACAACAGGACCACCAAUCACGCCAAGCACCAUCACAAGCACCCCAACCAUCACCACCACAAAACCAAUCACUACACCUGAUCAAGCAAUUAAUGCAGCUAUUGUGGUUAUUGGAAUAAUUCUAUGCCUGCUUCUUAUUGGAGUCUUUGCUUAUUUGCUUCACCAAUACACAAUUUUAUGCCCAUGCAGAAGAAGAGGACAUCAAAUUGGAGGAGGUAUCAUGAAUUCUAAUGUGAUUAACAAUCUAGGGCAGCCGACUUUCAGAAUUCAAGAGGAGCCUGUGUAUGCUGAAGUGGCAGAUGUUUAUCCUUUGGAAAACAAGGCUAAAGGAAAAGUGACAGUUAAUCUUGAUGAAAGUCCAUCAGUUGUUCUGAAUCUUUACGCACAGGAAGUUGGGUUUUCAAGAGGAAGACUAAACCCUGAUUCGCCAUUGUCACGGUCAAAUCUUGAAGGAAUUAGAAGAACAAGUGAUGAAUCAAGAAAUGUUCGCGAAAGGGACAGAAGUCUACAAGAAGAGGAAACCGACGGAUCACUUGUGUUUAGAAAUUUGCAGUUUGAAGAGACUUCUUUUAGUUCUUUGCCAAGGCGAGAGCAAGACUUGAAAAAAAUUACAGAAUCACGGGAACGGGGUGAUAGAGGGAUUUGUAAUUAUCACGAAAAUCACAGUCAUCAUGGUCGUAACGAACAUCUUGAUCGUCACGAUCAUCACGACGGUAACGAACAUCUCGAUCAUAACGAUGGUCAUUGUCUCCACAGUCCUAAAUGCCAAGAAACUGGUGAUAAUGUUUUGUAUGAAGGACUCAUAGACAGAACCCGAAUUCGGAGCAAGUUUAUUUGUCCGAGUUGUAACGAUGGCUCGGAUUAUCAGAGACCUAACACUAUUGGAUGCUGCCCGCACCGAGAAAAGGAGAGCAACACGAGGGAAAAGACACGGUCGUUUUAUGAAAGUUUGGCGCCCGAAGUAGGCACGAGGGAAUCUGAUUAUGCGACACCUAGUCAGGAUGGCAAAGAACUACCGGAGUAUAAUAUUCUAGAACCGGAAGAGUCAGAGCAAGAACUAAGACCUGACGAGCCUGUGAACCACGAAUACAACAUCCUUGAACCGGAAACACCCUCUGAUGACGUUCAGAGUGAUAUGAACGAAACAUUUCCUAAUUCGGGCUCAACAGACGAAGAGAAAGAUCUGCCGAUUCAUCCCUCAGAGAUAAAAAGCCUUGAAAAUAACCCUGUCUAUGCCUUUCACUGGAAAAUGAAAAACGAUGAACCUUGUGCGAGAAGGCGAGCACGUAGUAUGUAGUUAGUAGUAGUCAAGGGGCUGUGAAACUGUCGCAAACCUUUUCUCAUUACGAAGCGAAAACAGCUUAGUUCUGUAGUAUACUUAGCUCACUUGAGGGAGAAGGAUUCACAAACAACCAUUCAAUUUUUAUUUCCGUUAAUAGAAAGUUAGUGAUGAAAUUUACAGCUUACCGCAUUUUAAGAUUCCAAAGAGAGACGUAACGUCAAGAAACUUGGUUCAAAAGGUGCUUAAAACUCCAGUUUAACCGUUGUCAUUUUGAAAAUGAGUGAAAGCUUAUGCUAUCUUUGAAAUCUCAAAACGCUUUCAGUUUCAUAAUCUUUUAUAGGCUUUUUGCUGACUUAGAUGAAAGCUUAAAGUUUUCUUUAGAUGACUGGUUUUCUAAACCUUGCGAAGCCCUAGAAGCCUAUGAUGCAAAAUUCCUGUAAAGAAUGCAGAUACGCAGAUUGCACUGCAGGCAAUCCCUUUGGAGACAUUCCCACGAGAGGCUCCUCUCCAGACUUCAUGCGGUCAAAGACGCUAGAGAGAGGGCCUCGAAACUAAGCUGUAGCUGCUCGAGAAAUUAGGGAUUCAGUUAAUUACUGAUUACUCGGGUCUUAAAUUUUUCGGGUGGAACACCAAAAAUGCUAGAAUUAAGCCCAUUUUCAUAGAAGGCCAUGUAUUACAAAUUCAGCUAUUUAAAUUAAUAAGUUAAGUUUGAUAUAACUUUAGUACGUAUUGUUUGCCUAAGCGACUGGUAUAUUAAGGUAUGCGUGUUACGCAGAGAUAAAUUACUAAAUAAGAGAUUGCCUUCUUUAAUUUCUCUCUUGUGGUUGGUAAGUUAGUCUUGUUAUUGAGUGUCGAUAACUUUUAUUGAGGACAAGCUUGGAUUUGCUUUAAUUUUUAUCGAACUUUUUAAAGUAUAAUAUAAGUUAGUUCAGAUGGUAUCGAUACAUUGUAUACAGUUUUUUUUGUUAAGAAAACGUAUAAAAUUUAUGAAAAAAAUUAAUUCUGAAUUGCUCAAAGUUUUUUGUGAGAGAGUCAAAAGAGUUACCUAGAGUAUUACAGUUAUUCUCUG